AUGUACGCCAUCGUGUCGAAAGCGUUCAAGGCUGGUAUGGCUGUCGGCCUGGCUCGCGGCGUCCUCGCCAUGCCACCGCCAACCACUCUUUCGCAGCACACAGAGACAGAAGUGGUCUCUACCAUGGCCUAUCAUUCAGUCUACCCGAUGCCCAGCGUCGAAGUCUCUGAUAUUUUCAGCAUACAGACUCAGACUGACGUGGACACCAUCCUUGUCCCAAGCCCUCUCAUCCCAGGUCCUAUCAUCACCACCGGCCUCCCGCCACUAAACUCGACACCAGCGUUCGAGAUGGUCAUCUCGGGCAAUGAUUCCGCCCGCGCCGCCGCCCUGUGGGAGGAGCACCCGGAGCUCGACAGCUCCAACUACUGCGACCUCGCGCACAAGGUCCUCUGGAAGUCCUGGAAGAUCAUCGCCAAGAGCGUGCCGGGAGAGCUCGUGCCCCACGUCUGCCACGACCUGUGGGACGGUCUCAAGGACGACAUCUGGUGCGCCGCGCCCAUCUAUGUGUGGUGCGGCCCCGGGCGCGGCGACCAGGGACUCGAGUGGUCGUUUGCGACCAGCUCGUUCUGCAGGCGGGCGUCUGUCGACCACGCCUGGUUCUCUGCUACCCGUAACGAGUAUGGUCGUAUGCAUUGCGUCCCGCCUAAGUAG